AUGGGUUUGCAAAAUGAGCUAUCCGACGUCGCCUCCGACUCUGUAUUUGUAAUCAUGGUGGUGCUCGCCGUCAGGAGCGUACUUUAUCUCCAGUCCGCCUUCCUCUCUAUCCUGCGCGCGCUCGGAAUCAAUUCGCCGUCGUGCCCGUCCUCCGGCGACUCGGAGGAUGAGCAUGGCCUCGGCAAGCCUCUGCACGACCUCAUCGGGUCCGGCCUGGCCGGGGUCAACAUCCUUUGCGAGCAGAUGAAUCUAAACGGCGACUUGUCAACGCGCGCGUGCUGGUCGGACGCCGCCGACCGGGUCGGGUCGGACUGCGUGGUGUGCCUGAACCAGAUUUGCGAGGGGGACCACGUGCGCAGUCUGCCGUGCGGUCACGUGUUUCACAAGGACUGCCUGGACGGGUGGCUGAACCAGAUGAACCUCAACUGCCCGCUCUGCCGCGCGCCGCUGGUGCCCGCAGAGCGCGUGGCCUGCGAGCGGAGGCGCGUGGCUGAGGAUCUGCUCACGUGGUUCGCCUUCCAGUGA